UUUUUUCCCCACAACACAUAAACCUCCUCGGCAAGCGCAGCAGUCAGAGCGCUGAACCUCCAGCACCGAAAGAGUUAAACGCCCUCCCCACCCACCACCACCACCUCCACUACCACCACCACCACCACCAUGCACGGAGCGGCUGACUGGAGGUUAGUUGGGCUGUUGCGGCGCAGAGCGGAGUGAGGACGCGGCGGCGGCAGAGGGGCGGCGUACAGCAGCGCACCCGGACCAGGACUAACUUCACGGUUAAACGCUGCCACUACCACCCGACACAAACGACCCAGCAGCCAUGUCGGAGCGGAGGGUUCAUGUCGGAGCGGAGGGUUCGGAUCUCUGGAUCUGACAGCGCUCAGGCUCGCUACUACUGAGCGCGCGCGCGUGUGAGUAAAAGGGAGAAGGGGCUGUUUUUUUGUUUUUUUUGUUUUUUUUCUUUCUCUUGUGUGGAUAUCGCCCUUUCCCCAAAUGGACGGGCAACGGGGCUUCUACGAGUCGGAGAACCCGGCGGAGAACCCCAGCAAGGCGGCGGAGUACCUCGCGGAGCUGAAUAAGAUCAUCGAGACGCAGCAGGGGCUGCUGGAGAAGCAGCGGGUCCGGAUCGAGGAGCUGGAGCUCCAGGUGACGGAGCUCUGCGAGGAGAACGUGCGCCUGAAGGACCAGCACCAGCGGCACCUGGCCACCUGCCGGCUCCAGCAGGGCAGCCAGCUACCCGCCCUGGUAGCCAUCAAGGAGAACGCCGCGCAGGAAAAAUCUGAAGGAGAAUGUUCGAGUGUCAGGCGGCACGCCUCAUUGCCCGUAGAAGUCUCAGAGAUCCCUCUAAACCUUAUUGCCCCACCGUGUAGAAGAAGUUACCCCUGUCGCAAAUGGAAGUCUGCAUCUUUCGGACCAGACACAGAAAUCCCCGGCUCUGCCAUGACUCACAGACGCCACCAUCACUAUGUGGAAGGUGAUGCUGCUGGCAGCGAGGUGGGCGCCUCUGUGGACCCCGGCGGCGGCUACAGUUGCAUCCCAGUGACCCACAGCGGCGGCCUGGGCCCCGACCACCUGGACAGCCAGCUCUACGGACACAUCCUGCUGCCCGGCCACCUGCGGCCUCGCCGACCCAAGCUCCAGCACUCGCAGUCCAUCCUCCGCAAGCACGCAGAGGAGGAGGCCAUCAAGCGCUCCCGCUCGCUGUCGGAGAGCUAUGAGCUCUCGUCAGACCUGCAGGACAAGCAGGUGGAGAUGCUAGAGCGUAAAUAUGGUGGCCGUUUCAUAACCCGGCAUGCAGCUCGCACCAUCCAGACAGCCUUCCGCCAAUACCAGAUGAACAAGAACUUUGAGCGUCUAAGAAGUUCUAUGUCUGAGAACCGUAUGUCCAGACGGAUCGUCCUAUCCAAUAUGAGGAUGCAGUUUUCCUUUGAAGGGCCUGAAAAAGUCCACAGCUCCUACUUUGAGGGGAAGCAGGUCUCGCUUACAGAUGACGGCACCAAAAUCGGUGCGCUGGUGCAGUCAGAGCAUGGUGGGGAGAUGGGCAUGCAGGCCAAGACCCCCACCACGCAGAGCGACUUCACUGACGCUAUCACAGAACUAGAAGAUGCCUUCUCCAGGCAGGUCAAAUCUCUAGCUGAGUCCAUAGAUGAUGCACUAAACUGUCGCAGUCUGCAUGGUGACGACAACCAGUCGGAGCCUGGUAGAAGCCACCAGGACAUGGACAGGGAGGUCAUCUGCCAGGUGAAGCCCUCCCACGGCGCUUCGGAACACCGCAAACUGGAUGAGAUGACAGCGUCUUACAGUGAUGUCACCCUUUACAUCGAUGAAGAAGAACUGUCCCCGCCGCUGCCCCUUUCUCAAUCUGUGGACAGACCCUCCAGCACCGAAUCCGACUUGCGUCAGCGGUCCCUCAACUCUUCCCAGGACUACUGGUCACUGGCUCAUAAGGAUGAGAAAGGGGACACAGACACCAGCUGCCGCAGUACACCAUCUUUGGAGUGCCAAGAGCAGCGCUUGCGGGUGGACCACCUACCCUUACUGACCAUUGAGCCUCCGAGCGACAGCUCUGUAGAGCUGAGUGAUCGUUCCGACCGCAGCUCCUUGAAGAGACAGAGCGCCUACGACCGGAGCCUCAGCAACCAGCAGAGCAGCCCAAAAACUGUUGGCCACAGCCUGCCACCUCGAGGGCCUUCCAGAGACGAGGAUGCCCCCCGCCAUCGGCCAAGGCAAUUGGAGGCACACCUGGCCAUCAACGGCACCGCAAACCGGCAGAGCAAGUCAGAGUCCGAUUUCUCCGACGGCGACAAUGACAGCAUCAACAGCACUUCCAACUCCAAUGACACCAUCAAUUGCAGCUCCGAGUCCUCGUCCAGGGACAGCCUGAGGGAGCAGACGCUAAGCAAGCAGACGUACCACAAAGAGACUCGCAACAGCUGGGACUCACCUGCAUUCAGUAAUGACAUCAUCCGCAAGAGGCACUACCGCAUUGGCCUCAACCUCUUCAACAAGAAACCAGAGAAAGGCAUCCAGUAUCUGAUAGAGCGAAACUUUGUUCCGGACACUCCAGUGGGUGUGGCCCACUUCCUGCUCCAGAGGAAAGGCUUGAGUAGGCAGAUGAUUGGCGAGUUCCUGGGCAACAGACAGAAACAGUUCAACCGAGAUGUCCUCGACUGUGUGGUGGACGAAAUGGACUUCUCAGCUAUGGAGCUGGACGAAGCCCUCAGGAAGUUCCAGGCACACAUCAGAGUGCAGGGAGAAGCACAGAAGGUCGAGCGGCUGAUCGAGGCCUACAGCCAACGCUACUGCAUCUGCAACCCUGGCGUGGUGCGGCAGUUCAGGAACCCCGACACCAUCUUCAUCCUGGCCUUCGCCAUCAUCCUCCUCAACACGGACAUGUACAGCCCCAACGUCAAGCCCGAGAGGAAGAUGAAGCUGGAGGACUUUGUCAAGAACCUUCGAGGAGUGGACGACGGGGAAGACAUCCCCAGAGAGAUGCUGGUGGGGAUUUAUGAGCGGAUUCGCAAGCGGGAGCUCAAGACCAACGAAGACCACGUUUCCCAGGUUCAGAAAGUGGAAAAACUCAUCGUCGGAAAAAAGCCGAUCGGCUCGUUACACCAUGGUCUGGGCUGUGUGCUCUCCUUACCCCACCGGAGACUGGUCUGUUACUGCAGACUUUUUGAAGUGCCCGACCCCAACAAACCGCAGAAGUUGGGCCUUCACCAAAGGGAGAUCUUCCUCUUUAACGACCUGCUGGUGGUUACUAAAAUCUUCCAAAAGAAGAAGAACUCUGUGACGUACAGCUUUCGGCAGUCCUUCUCACUUUACGGCAUGCAAGUGCUGCUCUUUGAGAAUCAGUAUUAUCCAAAUGGUGUCCGUCUGACCUCGGCCAUUCCCGGAGCUGACAUCAAAGUCCUCAUCAACUUCAAUGCGCCCAAUCCUCAGGACCGCAAAAAGUUCACUGACGAUCUGAGAGAAUCUAUCUCUGAGGUCCAAGAGAUGGAGAAGUACCGGAUAGAAUCUGAGCUAGAAAAGCAGAAGGGCGUGGUGAGGCCCAGCAUGUCCCAGUGCUCAGGGCUGAAGAAGGAAACGGGGAACGGCAACCUGAGCAGAGUGAGCCUCGACGACAGCUAUGCUGUCGGAGAGGGUUUGAAGAGGAGCGCCCUCAGCAGCUCCCUACGUGACCUCUCUGAUGCAGGCAAGCGUGGGAGACGCAGCAGUGCGGGAUCACUAGACAGCAAUAUGGAAGGGUCCAUCAUUAGCAGUCCUCACAUCCGCCGGAGGACCCCGGGCCGAGACUGCCCGUCCCGCCACAGCGGCCAUUCCCUGCCCAACUCCUCCUCGCUGCUCGGCACUCUGUUCGGUACCAGGCGGUUGAAGUCGCCCAGCCCCACCCCGCAGGCCCUGCACCCCACCCUCAUCUCCCACACCCCUCACCCCGCCAACCUGCACCACACGGCCCGGUCGACGGAGACUGACGGGGCGGCCUCUGUGCACCCUGACCACGGCCAGUUCUGCCACGUGGCUCAACCCCCACCUUACCACCACCACCACCACUACCACCCGCCGGCCCACCUGCAGCACCCUCCGCAGCAGUACCACACGGCACCGCCCCAUGGCCAGCGGCCGUCCUACCCGCCGCACCCCCAUGGCCACGGAGCCCACCCGCCGCAUCCAUCCCAUCCCGCCCAUGGGCCCCACCACCAUGGCCCACCGCCUGCACCCUCCCAGGCACCCAGCAGCACCAAGCCCAAACACAGCGGCAUCAGCACGGUGGUCUGAGAUGCGCUGGAGGAGGGGGAGGCGCUCUUUGACUGAACUCUUGAUUUUUUUCACUCCGAGGCCCUCGGCUGACGAGACGGUGACACUGUGCAUCCGCUGGUCUGGGGAUAUGAAGCCAGACGAGAUCCUGUGCCUCCUUCGGCAUUUUUUUGUUGUUACGCUCGGGGCAGCGUAUUCAAUACAAAACAUUUCCUCUCCGGUUGCUCCCUUUCAUUUAAUCUCACAGGUCACGCCUGGCGCCCUCGUGAGCAGCGGACGACGACGCAAGAGCAUGCACAAAGACCACAACUACUGUUUUUCCUCAGUAAAUUACAGCAACACGAUCAAAUAUCUAAUCUACAGUGUGGGGGGGUGGCGUGGCUGAACGGACAGAACGGUCAUCCUCAGCCGUACAGUAGCCGUACCAGUAUUUAAUGUAGCGGUAGCUCACAGUGCACUGUGAUAUCUCUGUUAGCAGCGAUAAAUGUGCCAAUUAUGGAAGCAUUUACUAAUUUAGUCACAGCAAUUGCUUUAUGUAUAUUGUGCAUAGUGUUUUGUAAGAUGAUAAUAUCAACUGUUAUUAUUAUAGUUAUUAUUAUUACAGAGCAAAACGGCGUCUAUUAUAACGCUCAGUAUUAUACUGGCACAUAGGUGGCGUAUUUUCACUGUUAAGAAACAGAUCAGAGCUUUUAUUAGUGAGGCAGUUAGUGAGGAUACUGCUGUGUAUGGUUGCCUUCUGAGUUAGGUUGAGAUUGUCCAAGGCCGCUGCAGCCUUUGCACGACGGCUUUGGUUUCCGUGGCGUCACUCAGCCACAGCGAGCUGCCGAGCAUCACAGAUUCACCUGAAUGUCCGCCAUCAUUUUAUUUUUUUAAACCAUUUUUUUUAAGAGUCCAAAAAACGAUACGGACUGGACUGCGACCUGGUGGGAUGGAGUUGGAGGAGUUAGGGUUUUUUUUCAGAAGCUGAUGGAGUCUGCAGGGAAACAGGUUUUUAAGUGUCUCCCCUGAAUGUGGAAGCUCUCAGCUGGCUGAGUAGUCCCCUCUACUGUGUCACUGUGCGUCCCUCAGAGCCGGCGAGCGCCCCCUCCGUCUCAACCACAGUGGCAGAAAAUCAAUAAUUAUCAUUCUGCGACGGCGCUCGCGCUGCUUCGCUUCGCUCAACGCCAAUGGCAGUUUUUAUAUCAAUCAUCCUUCUGACAUAUUACCGGACGGCCGUCCCGUCUGUGGGGUGUGAAGAGCGGAGGCAGAGGAGGGGGGGCAUGCUGGAGCAUAUUUACUGUUGAAAAGUGACAGACUUGUUCUACUUAGUUGAUAUCAAUGGCAGAAGUGAGUCUGAGUCUGUUUGAAGAAUAUGAGAUGGAUUUUUUUUUUUUUACUUGUAUGUGCAAUAUGUAUUUACUUUUUUUGUGUGUGUGUGUGUGUGUGUGUGUGUGUGUGUGUGUGUGUGUGUGUGUCUAAGAGCUAUUUCAAUCCAGUGGUUGUUCCAUUUCGUUUGGUUCUGUUAGCGUUGUCUCUUUUUUUCCUCCCAUGAUGAACGUCCUUUGUCAUUUCUUCCCAAAUGUUUCAGUGAAGUGAAAGUAUCCACAUGGAUUCGGAUGGACUAGACCUUCCACGCAGAUAAAGAACGUCAAAGAAAAAUCAUUUUGCAUGUAACAAUGUCUCUCCAGGUUAUUUUCUGACUAUCGUGUAUUCCCAAACUAUAUCAGUGUUGCAGUCGACAGUUGUUAAAAAAAAAAAGAAAUUAAAAAAUUAAUGCUAGAAUAGUUUUGACUUAUUUGAUUACAGCUAACUGAAGUCAUUUGUGUCACUCCAGAAGAUAACAACAUCCGUAUCGUUUCCCGAUGCGCGCGCAGUAGUUUGCCAGAUCUUUAGCGUGCACAUUAAAUCUGUGGGAGGGGAGGUAGAGCGGGCGUGAGGAAGGACGAGCCCCGUCAUCUUGAAUUUAGAGCAAUGAUGGACAGACCUCUGUGGGUAGAACGAGUUGGAACUCUCUUAUCUCCGUUCAGAAAAUACUACUGUCGUCAAUGUUCAAGUUAUCGAGGCACCACCUUCUGAAAAAAUACCAUUCAUAAAGGGUUUAUACUACGUAACCAAUUUGAUUCAUUGAUAAAGUUAAUUCAUUGUUAAAUGCAGAACCACAAAGUGGACAUGGUAUAAUUUUUUCUCCUGCCGUUAUCUCGAGAUCAUCAGUUAAUUACUUCGUAAUGUCGAGAAAACAAACAUUGUCAUUUCGAGACAAUGAGGUGAUUAUCUUUUUAUAUACAGUCUUAUAAUAUUGUAUUUUUUUAUAGGCAGGCUUCUUUACGAGCUCGAUCCGGGCCGAUUACAUUAGUGUUAGUAAGAAACAUAAAAGUAUCAAAGUAUUUUUUUCUCUCCAGGAAACUAAUCGAUUACCUUGUUGGAAAGUUUGUUUUUCUCUAAAACUUGUGGUCUCCAGAUAACGGCAUUCAAAUAACUGCUAGCGUGGCGGUCUCGACUUCCGUAGAUUAAAUGCAUUAACUACUGAAAAGUAAUAAGCUUUACACAUCAAUAAUAAGUCAUUCAUAAGAAAAAAGCUCCAGAUCAGAGUCCAAUCGACGUUUGCUCUGCACUCGCACAAGCUUUUUGAGUGAACUGUUGUUUAUCAAGAGCUUAUAACUGAUGUAUGAAGCAUUAGUAAAGUAUUUGUUACCAUUAAUGAAGCCAUUAGUUAGCACAUGUAAACCCUUUAUAAGGGGUGCCUCGUUAGACAGUAUUUGCCAUGAUCCAAAACGUAUUCAGCCGGCUUAAUGUACUGUAGGCUGCUCUAAAAUGUAUAAUUUGAGAUUGACUCUAAAUCUUUCAACUAUACAGCAUUUAAUAUCCAGCGUAAUUUAAGUUGCUAUGGAGUCACAAAAGUGCCAAUACUGCGUGGUCAUUACAUUUAAAAUUAGUUUUAUAUCAAAAUUAAAUGGUCCCAUUACAACGCCCACAGUUGACCAACCUCAAACUUCUGUCUUUACCAGCCACUUGUAAAGGAAUAAUGUUAAAAAUGGCAGCCGAGAAGAAAUGGUCCCCAAAAUGAUUUCCGAUCAGAGUGUUCUCAGUUACAGCCCACCAGUUCCUUUCAGGCGACUGAUCAAUCAUAAAAAAUCCUGUCCAGAUUCCGUGUGAGGUGCUUUGUCACAUGCCAUCGAUGCCUACCGUUUCUUUUCUUUUCUCUCUCUCUCUCUCUCCCUUUUUCGUUUUAAGCGGUGGGCUCGACUCGCCCACUAAACUUUCAACGUGACUUUGAUUUCUCUGACCGAUGCUUGUUUACAUUUAGACAGAUUUCUGGCCCUAGUAGCGUGUCUUUUCAUGUCAAGUUGUGUCAUCUUACUCCCAGCAUGCAUUUCACCUCUAUUUCCACUGUACAGUACAAAGGCAUGGCGGUAUACUGCUGGGUGUAAAUAGCAAAUCCAUCUAUGGGGGGAACCUGAUGUAAGUCGAUGAAGAGGCUCUGAAAGGGAGGCGACGUUUUACGGGUGUGUAGGUAGCAAAAAGCAACGAGAAAAACAAAUGUAAAUAGCCUGUAAAUAAUGAUAAUUAUUAUUAUAACUACUGCUCGGUGUCUGCAGUUACAUCGAAGGUGCAUUCCUGCUCCCCUCUGAUAUUUACAUAAUCAUCUACUGCUUUCUCUCUGCCUCCGACCGGGACUGAAUUAUCAUAGGUAUGUCGAGAUGAAAAAAGCCGGCUGUUUCCGGGCUCAAUUUCCCGGAGACGCUCCUGUUUCUCACUCACUCAAGGCCCACUUCGGGAGGUGGAAUGAAAGGGAGGACUGCUCCUUAUUUUAUUACGCAUUCUGUUUCUAAGUAGACAAAACCCUAUCGAUGUAAAACUAGUACUGUGAUCAUGUUGAGAAACGCAAAAUAAAACGAUAUA